AUGACUACUGUAAUCACUCAAACCCAACCACUUGACGACUCCGACUUUAUCAUCAAAGGUCAAUUAGUCGAUACAUACACACGAUGCAUUCACUAUCAUUCACAAUUGGACAUUAUUGCCCUUAGAUUCAAGUGUUGUCCAAAUACAUUCUACCCAUGUUUUAAAUGCCAUGAUGAAUUAAACAAUCACCAGAUAGACAAGUUUCAUGUUAGAGAUCAAUACAAGGUGGUUAUUUGUGGUGAUUGUUUGGGUCAAUUAACAGCUAAUGAGUACUUGAAUAGUGGUUCAGUUUGUCCACGGUGCCAAGCUGAGUUCAACCCAGGUUGUUCUCUGCAUUAUAAGUUGUACUUUGAUUUUUAA